CCUCCAGAGAAAAGGCCGCCUCCGUUCCUGUUCUCAUCAUGGCUGCUCUCAGGCUGCUGGGUCCCGCUGUGGGCUGGCGACUCGCGGCUGCAGCCAGGCCUAUUUACCCCAACGGGCAGCCUCAGCGGGGCAACCGUCUCACGCCUUCAGAUGAUGAAAUGUACCAGAGGACGUCAAUCCAGCAUUUGGAGAGAGAGUCCCAAGACAUCAUGUUCGUCGAAGGUUACACCAACCGGGGCUUCACCAUCAGCGGGAACAAGGUGGUGGGUCCCUGUGCUGUCUUACCACGAGCCAUCCUCCAGUGGAAUGUCGGCAUGUAUCAGGACAUCAGUGCUGAGAGCCUCACCCUGUUCCGCUUGCUGGAGCCCAGGAUAGAAAUCCUGGUGCUGGGGACGGGAGAUAAAGUGCAGAGGCUGGAUCCUGCUGUCUUGAGGUUAAUGCGUCAAUGUGGAAUUGCUGUGGAAGUACAAGAUACGCCCAAUGCCUGUGCAACCUUCAAUUUCUUGACAAGUGAGCGGCGUGUCACAGCUGCUGGGCUCAUCCCACCUCCUGGUGCUGCCGGCAGAUGAGUCUCUGAAGAUAAGCCAAAGGGUAGGAAGAGUCCCUGGCUGGGAAGAGCCUGGCACAGCAGAGAAAGGGACUUGGCUGCUAUUCCUCCCCACUUCUUCAUUGCUGUGUCUGGCAGCCCCUCCUGCUUGGAAGCAGCCCAGGCCAAAGAAAGAUGGGACGUUGCCAUGCGUAUCGCCACUGCGGAGUGAAAUGCAUCAGCCUAGCGUGGGAGUGGGAGCUUGCCUGGAGUGGAGAAGAUGCAGAAUAUACUUGAACUGGUAGUAUAUGUGCGUGUUUUGCAGUGUUCUGCUUCUGUUUGUAUUGUUUGUAUCCAUUGUUACUCGACUCUGAAGAAGCUGUUCCUACUG